AUGUGGCACUUCAAACAAACAAACAUUACACAAUUUUUGAAGAGAAAACUAUCUCGGAGAAGCAAGCACGAUGUUUCGGACGAGAGCGAGCGGAUGGCGUCAUCGGACUGGCGACGUCUUAUUGACCUUGCGUGCCGGGAAUCGGAAAGUGAACCGAAGGUUCCAUCUGAAUGGCGCCAAAUUGGCGACAGACUGGCUUCUCUUAAGGCGGCGGACCCAAGACCAUGGCAAGCACGAUGUAGCAAGUCAAGGCCUUAUCGGGAUCGGCUUUUAACUUUGGUUUAUGUAAUUUUCAUUAUAAAAAAAAAUCAAAAAAAGAAGGGAAAUGAAAAAGGUCAACAAAGGAUAUGGUGU